AUGAAUAGCAAUAUUCAAACAGCAGUGAUUCCAGAUAGUGAAUAUGAACAAGUGAUUGCUCAACGUUAUCUUUUUGCUUCAUAUGUAAAUGAAUCUACUGCUUGGCCUGUGCUCAACAAUAUCAAACAUGUAUGGCAAGUUAUUUCAUUACCACAAUAUCACUCUCAAGCUACCGAAGGAGUUUGGCUUUUAUCUGAAGUUAUGAAUGAAAAUGAUAAAUUGAACUCAUCAUCUGAUCAAUAUCAAAUGUCUUGGAUGUCGUUGUCUGCAAAUGGUAGUCUAGUAGUUUUAUCUCGGAAAUUAGUGUAA